UAAUCACCCUGGCGACCAAAGGGGCACGGAGCAACGCCCUUUCCGCCGGAAGUGUGUGUCAAAGCCUCCACGUGCAGUCCCUCCCCCAUCCCGGCCGCGUAGCGGCRGCUCCGCUGCUGCCAUGGAGCCCGCCGGCCUGGAGCAGAUAUUGAGAGAGCUGCUGCUGCCCGACACGGAACGCAUCCGCCGGGCCACCGAGCAGCUCCAGAUCGCUCUUCGGGACCCCGCCACCUUGCCCGCACUCUGCGACCUGCUGGCCUCGGCGGCCGACCCCCAGAUCCGCCAGUUUGCGGCUGUGCUGAUCCGCAGACGACUAAGCACCCGCUGGCGACGCCUGGCGACCGAGCAACGCGAGAGCUUCAAGUCCCAGAUCCUGACGGUCCUGCAGAGAGAGACAGAACACUGUGUGAGCCUCAGCCUGGCCCAGCUCUCAGCCACCAUUUUUCGAAAGGAAGGCCUGGAGGCCUGGCCUCAGCUCAUGCAGCUUCUUCAUCACAGUACUCACAGCCCCCACAGCCCUGAGAGAGAGAUGGGGCUUUUGCUGUUGAGUGUGGUAGUGACUUCUCAGCCAGAAGCUUUCCAGCCCCACCACCAGGAGCUUCUUGGACUUCUGAAUGAGACUCUUGGUGAGGUGGGCUCUCCGGGGCUACUCUUCUACUCCCUGCGCACUCUGACCACCAUGGCCCCCUACCUCCGCACUGAUGAUGUGCCUCUUGCAAGAUCAUUGGUGCCCAAGCUCAUCAUGGCCGUGAAGACUCUGAUUCCUAUAGAUGAGGUUAAGGCCUGUGAGGCCCUGGAAGCUCUAGAUGAACUGCUGGAAUCAGAGGUGCCCAUCAUCACUCCCCACCUCUCUGAGGUCCUCACAUUCUGCUUGGAGGUGGCAGGAAAUAUGGCCCUGGGUGAUGCGAUACGUGUACGUAUUCUCUGCUGCCUCACUUUCUUGGUCAAAGUUAAGAGCAAGGCCUUACUGAAAAAUCGUCUCCUGCCUCCCUUACUGCACACCCUUUUCCCCAUUAUGGCUGCCGAGCCCCCUCUGGGCCAGUUGGAUCCUGAGGACCAAGAUUCUGAAGAGGAAGAGUUGGAGACUGGGCUAGUGGGGGAGACUCCCAAGCAUUUUGCUGUACAGGUUGUGGACAUGCUGGCCCUACACCUUCCACCUGAGAAGCUCUGUCCCCAAUUGAUGCCCAUGCUGGAAGAGGCAUUGCGAAGUGAGAGUCCUUACCAGCGUAAGGCUGGUCUCCUGGCGUUGGCUGUGCUGUCUGACGGAGCUGGUGACUACAUCAGGCAGAGACUGCUACCCCCACUGCUGCAUAUUGUGUGUAAGGGCCUGGAGGACCCUUCUCAGGUUGUGCGUAAUGCUGCGCUGUUUGCCCUGGGCCAGUUCUCAGAGAACCUACAGCCCCAUAUCAGCAGCUAUUCAGGGGAGGUGAUGCCACUGCUCCUCGCUUACCUGAAGUCUGUGCCUCCAGGGCACACGCACCACCUAGCCAAGGCCUGCUACGCCUUAGAGAACUUCGUGGAGAACCUAGGACCCAAAGUUCAGCCUUAUCUUCCGGAACUUAUGGAGUGUAUGCUGCAGCCUCUGAGUAAUCCCAGCAGCCCCCGGGCCAAGGAGCUGGCUGUGAGCGCCAUGGGAGCCAUUGCCACAGCUGCUCAGGCCUCCCUGCUGCCCUACUUCCCCACCAUCAUGGAACAUCUUCGGGGAUUUCUGUUGAUGGGCCAUGAAGACCUUCAGCCUGUGCAGAUCCAGAGCCUGGAGACACUUGCGGUACUGGCACGAGCAGUGGGGGAGCCCAUGAGGCCCCUGGCUGAGGAAUGCUGUCAGCUGGGGCUGGGCCUAUGCGACCAGGUAGACGACCCUGACUUGCGCCGCUGCACUUACAGCCUAUUUGCAGCCUUAUCAGGUCUAAUGGGUGAGGGCCUGGCACCCCAUCUGUCGAAAAUCACCACACUCAUGCUGUUGUCACUGCGUUCCACUGAGGGCAUUGUGCCUCAGUGUGAAGGAAGCAGCCCUUUCCUUCUGUUUGAUGAUGAGAGUGAUGGGGAGGAAGAGGAGGAAGAGCUCAUGGAUGAGGACGUGGAGGAAGAGGAUGACUCGGAGAUCUCAGGGUAUAGUGUGGAGAAUGCCUUCUUUGAUGAGAAGGAGGAUACCUGUACUGCCCUGGGGGAGAUUUCUGUGAACACCAGUGUGGCUUUCCUUCCAUAUAUGGAGAGUGCCUUUGAAGAAGUAUUCAAACUGCGGGAGUGUCCUCAUCUGAAUGUGCGGAAGGCAGCCUAUGAGGCUCUGGGUCAAUUCUGCUGUGCACUGCACAAGGCCUGUCAAAGCUGUCCCUCAGAACCCAACAAUGCUGCUCUGCAGGCUGCUCUGGCCCGGGUGGUGCCAUCCUACAUUCAGACAGUGAAUGGGGAAAGAGAGCGUCAGGUGGUAAUGGCUGUGCUGGAGGCCCUGACAGGGGUGCUGCGCAGUUGUGGAACCCUCACACUGCAACACCCUGGGCGCCUUGCUGAGCUCUGUAGCAUGCUCAAGGCUGUGUUGCAGAGGAAGACAGCCUGUCAGGACACUGAUGAGGAAGAGGAAGAGGAGGAUGAUCAGGCUGAAUACGACGCCAUGUUGCUAGAGCAUGCUGGAGAGGCCAUCCCUGCCCUGGCCGCCGCAGCUGGGGGAGACAACUUUGCUCCUUUCUUUGCUGGCUUCUUGCCAUUAUUGCUGUGUAAGACGAAGCAGGGCUGUACAGUGGCAGAAAAGUCCUUUGCAGUGGGGACACUAGCAGAAUCCAUUCAGGGUCUGGGUGCUGCCUCAGCUCAGUUUGUGUCUCGGCUGCUUCCUGUGCUAUUGAGCACUGCUCGGGAAGCAGACCCUGAGGUGCGGAGCAAUUCCAUUUUUGGACUGGGAGUACUGGCAGAGCAUGGGGGCCGCCCUGCUCAGGACCACUUCCCCAAGCUGCUGGGCCUCCUUUUGCCUCUUCUGGCACGGGAGCGACAUGAUCGUGUCCGUGACAACAUCUGUGGGGCCCUUGCCCGUCUGCUAAUGGCCAGUCCGACAAAGAAACCAGAGCCGCAGGUGUUGGCUGCCCUGUUGCACGCCCUGCCACUGAGGGAAGACUUGGAGGAGUGGGUCACCAUGGGGCACCUCUUCAGCUUCCUGUACCAGAACAGUCCUGACCAGGUUGUAGAUGUGGCUCCUGAACUCUUGCGCAUCUGCAGCCUCAUUCUGGCUGACAACAAGAUACCACCAGACACCAAGGCUGCACUGCUGCUGCUCCUGACAUUCCUGGCCAAACAACAUAUGGACAGUUUCCACACGGCACUGGGCUCACUGCCUGCUGACAAGGCUCAGGAGCUCCAAGCCGUGCUGGGCCUCACCUAGAAUGCAAGCCGCAGCUGGGCCAGAGAGCAGAGUCUGCCCAGGCCCUAAGACCACCUCUGACCCCAGUUCCUGCUCAUGCCUUACCAAAGAUUUUGGGCCUCAUCCACUGGAGUCAACCCUGCUUGCUGCCUUACAGGGGUGUCCCUGGGACUGCAUCUGUUACAGGUUGAGUCAUAACAUCAUACAAUAAAAAAGGCAGUUUGUUUUCUGCUUGGAUAAUA